UAGAGGGUGUGGUUUGUUUAUUUAAGAUAGGUGAUGGUCAUUUUGCAAAUAACUUUUGACACUUGCUAUUAUUUUGGGAUUACACAGGCAUAUUAUAUAUAUCAACGUCUUCCGGCUUCACUUGGAGAUCUCAAUCUAACAAAUUAACAAACCUCUUUGAUUCGUUCACUUGUAUCCGAUCAGAAAAAUGGCUACAACAGCAGUAAACCUACCAAUUCAUGAGCACCCUCUUUUUCCUUCAGCUCGAUGUAUUAAAGGUGAAUGUGCUGGCUGCCAUGUAAAUGGUGUCAUGUACGGCUGCUACUUUUGCAAUGAACCUUACUGUUAUAUUUGGUUUCAUAAGGAGUGCGCCGAGGCCCCCGCGGAGAUCAAGCAUAGUUUCCAUCCCCAGCAUACUCUCAUGCUCACCAAUGUCUCGAGAGAUGGUCCUUGUGAUUUGUGUGGACAGAAGCUACUGCCUCCCUUUUACAGUUGUUCCACAUGUGAGUUCAAGGUAGAUUUGAUUUGUGGGAUGAAACCAUCACCGCCCGCUAUCGAACAUCCGCUGUGUCAUGACCAUCCAGUUGUCUUCUUGAAGAUACGGGAGGAGAAGGUUCCUUGUGAAUUAUGCAAGGAGUCUAUUGAAGGUCCAUCCUUUUCAUGUCUUGAAUGCGAUGUGUACUUCCACGUGGAUUGCGUCCAUCUCUCGAAAGAGGUAAAUCAUCCAUGUCAUUCUAUUCAUCCUCUCAAGUUAAUCGCAUCUGAGUCACUUACGGAUGAUGCCGAGAAAAGCUGCGUUUUAUGUGGAAAAAUACAAACUGAAAAAUUGCUAUAUCAUUGUUCCAUUUGCAAUUUCACAUCGUGCCUUGGUUGUACCAAAAACCCACCACCCCUUGUUAUUGAGCAUGUCAAGACCCACAAACACCCACUUACUAUCUUUCCUAGAAGAAUCUCAUGUAAUUGUGACAUGUGUGGGAUAAAAUGCGAGUUUGUGGUGUAUGUAUGUCUUCAGUGUGAUUUUGUUACUACAGGAGGGUGUAUCGACUGCCCCCGUGUCAUCAAUAUCAAUCGUCAUGAUCAUCGCAUUCAUUUCACUCAUCAUCUCGGCGCUGGGUAUUCUUCAUGCGGAGUUUGUCACAAAAGUGUAAGUCAGUUCAAGGGGGCUUAUUCUUGCUCUGUUUGCCCUAACUAUGCAGUUCAUACUAGAUGCGCGGUGAGAACUGACGUAUGGGAUGGCGUAGAAUUGGAAGGGAUUCCUGAGAUCAUAGAAGACAUUUCACCAUUCAAGGAGGUGGGUGAUAACUUGAUAUGCCAUUUUAGUCAUGAAGAGCAUCCUCUAAAGCUCCACAACCACAAGGACGACGUCAUUCAUGAUGAGCGCAUACGAUGUGCAGCAUGUGUCCAUCCAGUUGGAUUUGAUUCGAUCUACUGCUGUGAAAAGUGUCCUUUCAUUCUUCAUGAAAAGUGUGCUAAUCUUCCUAUGAAGAAAAGACUUGUCUUUGGCACCAGACCAUACACAUUAAUGACAGAAACUACCAAACUUACAGACUGCAAGCGGUGUGGAAUAUUCUCUGAUGGUUUCACGUACAGCUCCCAUGGCUGGUCGGAUGUAGAUGUACAUUGUGGUUCCCUUAAUGAGCCGCUCGUCCAUGAUGGCCAUAAACAUCCUUUAUAUUUUGCUAAAGAAGAGCUUCACCACUGCGAUGGAUGCCAAAAGAAUAUAAAUGAUUAUAUGCUUCGUUGUGAAGAUUGUGACUUUGAUUUGUGUUUGAAUUGUGCUACUUUGCCAGAAAAGAUUUGGCAUAGGAACGAUGGGCACCCUCUCACUUUAUGCUGUGGAGAAAAGGAAAAGGCGAGCGGUAAAUAUUGGUGCGACAUUUGUGAGAGGGAAUUAGAUCCAAGUAUAUGGUUCUAUACAUGUUCUGAUUGUGGAGUCACCUUGCAUGCUCAGUGUGUACUAGGAGAUUUUUCACGUCUCAUGCCAGGACAAAUCUAUUGGUUUGAAAAAAAAAAAAUCGAGUUUGAGAUGGUUCCUAACAAUCACAACACUCGACCAUUAUGCAUCCAAUGUCAGUCUCGAUGCAAGGCCUCCGUCAUCCUAAAGAAAUAUAAAGAAGACAAUGAGUAUAUCUGUUCCCGUUCAUGUUUAUCGAGUUAUUUGGGUGAAGAAGUUUGAACUUACGUUUAAUGAUGAGUGGUUUUGUCAUGGUUGUAUUAUUUCAUUCACUGUUCUAUCUUAUAUUUCCAACAAUUGCAAUGUAAUACAGAGUGAUUUUUAUUUUCUAAUAAACGAUGCUGGUUAUUUAUACACCACAAUAUGUACAUACCACACACACCUGCAAGAAGCUUGACACUAUCAUCAUCAUUGUUAUACGAGAGCAUGAUCACAUAUUAGUUAUGGAACAGGGUCCCGAAACAUGUUGAAUUGCCUAAUUUUUUGUUCUUGUAGAAAAUUGUAUCAAAGUCAUUGCGAGUGUUAGAAGAUAUUUUCCAUCAAAAAUAUCGUGUCUUCCCCAAAACCUCUCAAACCUAGCCGCCACCAACAAAAAAUUUUCCGAUUGACCUCUCCGGUGGCCGGCGCUUCUCGCCGUUGCUGUCGUGAGAGGGUCUUUAGUUUCCUUUCCGUGUUGUUAGUUUUUUUGCCUUUCGUCUAGCUCUGGUUUUCGACGGAGAAAA